AUGGAGACACUGCAUGAGACAUGGAGCCGGUUUAAAGGAAUGUUGGUUAUAUGUCCACACCAUGGUAUUCCAGAUCAGAUGUUGGGACAACGGUUUUACAUGGGACUGUCAUAUAGCAUGAAGAACAUUGUAGAUGUCUCAGCUGGUGGGGCCUUUUUGAGCAAAACUUGGAGAGAAGGUCAGAGUCUGCUUGACAAAAUGGCUCACAAUUCGGGGUGGACGACGAGGAAUGCACUUAUCACUCUAGUGGUACACUCAGUGCCUUUUGACCCAUCAAAUUCCAUGCCUGAAAAUGUGGCGACCCUUUUGACACAGAUGAGCAUACUCACCAAAAAGGUGAAGGAAUCGGGGCAGAAACAGCAAGUGCACAUUGUAGAUACCACCAAUGGGGGCUUGUGCACAUCUUGCAUUAGUCAGCCAAUUGGUAAUCCGUGGAAUGCUGAACAUGAUCAUCAUCAUCAGCACCCUGAGGAUAUGAACUAUGUGUCAAACUAUGGAGGCCAGAGACAGGGCAAUCAGAACUGGGGUCAACAAACUCAGCAGCCAUACAGACCACCUCAGCCACAAUACAACACUGGAAACAUGGGAGGUAUGGGACCCCCCAACAAUAUGGCACCUUAUCCAAGGUCACAGGGGUACAACAGUCAACAACAAGGAUAUCUCCCACCUCAGCAACAACAUGGUGGAAGGCAAGAAGAUGGGUUCACAAGACUUGAAGCAAUGAUGCAGCAGGUGUUUGGGUCCAAUGCAAAAAUAAAUGAAAGAGUAGAUGCACAUGAUGCAACAAUCAAAAAUAUUGAAGUGCAAUUGGGCCAAAUUUCAAUGUCUCUGAACAAUCGUCCUCAGGGGACAUUACCUGCAGAUACCCAAAUUAAUCCUAAAGAUCAGGGCCCGAAGCAGCUGAUGGCGGUGAGUCUCCGUAAUGGCAGGGACCUUGAUGAAGAAAAGAAUACUCAGCAGGAGACCGAGAAAGUUGCUAAAGCAGUUGAAGAGCCGGUAGUAGAGAUAGUUGCUGAGAAAGAAAAGUCCCAAGAGAUUGGGAAGAAACGACCUCCUGCUCCAUUUCCAUAG